AUGUUGAAAGAGUGCCUCAGAAGUUGGGUAAAGGAGAUUCCCCAGAAGCUCGAGCAUUGGCCAAACAGGUGGCUACGGCUCCUGCAGAACCUGCAGACCAAAACCAACAGGGCUGUGGCCAACAGCAGACCUGCCAAGGCAGCUGUCCACCUUGAGGGCAAGAUUGAGCAAGCUCAGCGGUGGAUUGAUAAUCCACAGUGGAUGACGGGAGUUGUAAGGGCAUCAGUGCAUUUAACCCUCAUUAGAAUGGUGACAGUGCAAAUAAACAGAUUGUUACCAGGUAGCCUGUCAAGCUGCCAUCCGGGGCUUGUAGCUGAAGGGCAUCGUCUGGCUAAUGUUAUGAUGGGACCUUAUCGCCAAGAUCUUCUUGCCAAGUGUGACCGUGUGGACCAGCUGACAGCUCAGUUGGCUGACCUGGCUGCCCGAGGGGAAGGGGAAAGUCCUCAGGCGAGAGCACUUGCAUCACAACUUCAAGACUCCUUAAAGGAUCUGAAAGAGAUGCAGGAGGCUAUGACUCAGGAGGUAUCAGAUGUUUUCAGCGACACCACAAUCCCAUCAACUAUUGGCAGUGGCGGCCACUGCCCUCCUGAUACACCUAACAGGGAAGAGGUAUUUGAUGAGAGGGCAGCGAACUUUGAAAAUCAUUCAGGAAGACUUGGAGCCACAGCAGAGAAGGCAGCUGCUGUUGGUACUGCUAAUAAAUCAACAGUGGAAGGCAUUCAGGCAUCAGUGAAGACGGCUCGAGAACUCACACCUCAGGUCGUCUCGGCUGCUCGUAUCUUACUUAGGAACCCUGGGAAUCAAGCUGCUUAUGAACAUUUUGAGACCAUGAAGAACCAGUGGAUUGAUAAUGUUGAAAAAAUGACAGGACUGGUGGACGAAGCCAUUGAUACCAAAUCUCUGUUGGAUGCUUCUGAAGAAGCAAUUAAAAAAGACCUGGAUAAGUGUAAGGUAGCCAUGGCUAACAUUCAGCCUCAGAUGCUGGUCGCUGGAGCAACCAGCAUCGCUCGUCGGGCCAACCGAAUCCUGCUGGUUGCUAAGAGGGAGGUGGAGAACUCCGAGGAUCCCAAGUUCCGUGAGGCCGUGAAAGCUGCUUCUGAUGAAUUGAGCAAAACAAUCUCCCCGAUGGUGAUGGAUGCAAAGGCUGUGGCUGGAAACAUCUCUGACCCUGGCCUGCAAAAGAGCUUCCUGGACUCAGGAUAUCGGAUCCUGGGAGCUGUGGCCAAGGUCAGAGAAGCUUUCCAACCUCAAGAGCCUGAUUUCCCACCUCCUCCACCAGACCUAGAACAGCUCCGUCUAACAGAUGAACUUGCUCCUCCCAAACCACCUCUGCCUGAGGGUGAGGUCCCUCCACCCAGGCCUCCACCACCAGAGGAGAAGGACGAAGAGUUCCCUGAGCAGAAAGCUGGGGAGGUGAUUAAUCAGCCAAUGAUGAUGGCUGCCAGGCAGCUCCAUGAUGAAGCUCGCAAAUGGUCUAGCAAGCCGGGUUUCCCAGCCGCUGAGGUGGGUAUAGGAAUUGUAGCUGAGGCUGAUGCGGCUGAUGCUGUUGGGUUCUCUAUCCCCUCUGACAUGGAAGACGAUUACGAACCUGAGCUGCUGUUAAUGCCUUCUAAUCAGCCGGUCAACCAGCCCAUUCUGGCCGCGGCUCAGUCCUUGCCGGAAGCUACCAAGUGGUCUAGUAAGGGCAAUGACAUCAUUGCAGCAGCCAAGCGAAUGGCUCUACUGAUGGCUGAGAUGUCCCGGUUGGUAAGAGGGGGCAGUGGUACCAAGCGGGCACUCAUUCAGUGUGCCAAGGACAUCGCCAAAGCCUCAGACGAGGUGACUCGGUUGGCCAAGGAGGUUGCCAAGCAGUGCACAGAUAAGCGGAUUAGAACCAACCUCUUACAGGUAUGUGAGCGAAUUCCAACUAUAAGCACCCAGCUCAAAAUCUUGUCCACAGUGAAGGCCACCAUGCUGGGCCGGACCAGCAUCAGUGAUGAGGAGUCUGAGCAGGCCACAGAGAUGCUGGUUCACAAUGCCCAGAACCUCAUGCAGUCUGUGAAGGAGACUGUGCGAGAAGCAGAGGCUGCUUCAAUCAAAAUUCGAACAGAUGCUGGAUUUACACUGCGUUGGGUUAGAAAGACUCCCUGGUACCAGUAGGCACCUGGCUGGUACAGAAACCCCUACUAAAGAGAAGAGUGAUUUGAGUUCCAGGAGCCACCCAGAAUUGCUGGGGAUUGAAAGCCACAUCCUAGCCUGACACAUAGGAAAGGAACGGGGGCCUCCUCACAUAGAAAACGUUACUCUUUUUUCAUGGACACUUUGAAAUGUGUCUCCAUGUAAACCCCGUACUUUCAAACACAGUUAUACUUGUGCACACUCUGAGAAUCCAAGAAUGAACACUAGCCAGACACUCUGCUCCUUAGGGGACAUUUCCCUGUUUCUUUUUCUGGGUCCCAUUCUCCCCUUCAGGCUCAAGACCCAAGGCCCAGGCAAGUUAGUUAAGAAAUUCACUGUGUCUCUAGAAGCUGUUUCUGGUUUCCCAUGUUGCUGCCGAUCCUGCCUACCUUCCCUGGGCAUGCUACCUGGGUCCUUUGCAAAACUUUUUUUUUGCAACUUUGCAGGAAAAGUUGGCCUCUGGGGCGCCCUGGUAUGUGUGGCCUUUAUUCAUUUCCUGUCCUUUCCAAUUUAAUUCUUCUGGUUUCUCACAUUUAUAAAACCAAAUUUUACUGUCAGGAGGAAAUGACAGAAUCACACGAUUGUCUUUCCUAUGUUCCUGAGCAAUGUCUGUGCUAGGAAGCUACCCACCCUGUCUCCUGCCUCAGUUGACAAGGUAACUACCCCACCAAUACACUGUGUAUCCUGGUGCUCUCUGCCACUUGCAGGGCAGAGUAGCCAGGGUUUGGCUCUGCCCAUGCUCUUUGCAGGGCCACUCCCAGGCGGUCCAUGCUUUGUCACUGCCUGCAAAAGAUCUGUGCUGAGGCCUUAUCAUUCAUUCUUAGCUCUUAAUUGUUCUUUUUGAGCUGAAAUGCUGCAUUUAAUUUUUAACCAAAUCAUGUCUCUUAUCCUGGGCUUCUGUAGUCUUCCUCUAUCCUGUUCCUAAAUAAGAUUUUAAAGAUACACAGGUGUGUGGUUGUCUGUAAUUUUUUUUUUUUUUCUUGAAAU